CUCUGUCCUGCCCCUCACUGGAAGGCCCCUGUGGCCCCGGCAGAUAGACGAUGAGCAGCCACGGGAACAGCCUGUUCCUGCGGGAGAGUGGCCAGCGGCUGGGCCGGGUGGGCUGGCUGCAGCGGCUGCAAGAAAGUCUGCAGCAGAGGGCACUGCGCACGCGCCUGCGCCUGCAGACCAUGACCCGUGAGCACGUGCUGCGCUUCCUGCGCCGGAACGCCUUCAUCCUGCUGACCGUCAGCGCGGUGGUCAUCGGGGUCAGCCUGGCCUUUGCCCUGCGCCCGUACCAGCUUACCUACCGGCAGAUCAAGUACUUCUCUUUCCCCGGAGAGCUUCUCAUGAGGAUGUUGCAGAUGCUGGUGCUGCCGCUCAUUGUCUCCAGCCUGGUCACAGGUAUGGCGUCCCUGGAUAACAAGGCAACAGGCCGGAUGGGGAUGCGGGCAGCUGUAUACUACAUGGUGACCACGGUCAUUGCUGUCUUCAUUGGCAUCCUCAUGGUCACCAUCAUCCACCCUGGGAAGGGCUCCAAGGAGGGGCUGCACCGCGAGGGUCGCAUUGAGACCAUCCCCACAGCUGAUGCCUUCAUGGACCUGGUCAGAAAUAUGUUUCCACCCAACCUUGUGGAGGCCUGCUUCAAACAGUUCAAGACGCAGUACAGCACAAGGUUGGUAACUAGGACCAUAGUGAGGACAGAGAAUGGAUCUGAGCCGGGCACCGCCAUGCCUCCCCCAUCCUCGAUGGACAACGGAACCAGCCUCCUGGAAAAUGUCACAUGGGCCUUGGGCACCCUACAGGAGGUGCUGAGCUUCGAGGAGACUGUGCCUGUGCCUGGCUCAGCCAAUGGCAUCAAUGCCCUGGGCCUCGUGGUCUUCUCUGUGGCCUUUGGGCUGGUCAUCGGUGGCAUGAAACACAAGGGCCGAGUCCUGCGGGAUUUCUUCGACAGCCUCAAUGAGGCUAUUAUGAGGAUGGUGGGCAUCAUUAUCUGGUACGCACCCGUGGGCAUCCUGUUCCUGAUUGCUGGGAAGAUCCUCGAGAUGGAAGACAUGGCCGUCCUGGGGGGUCAGCUGGGCAUGUACACCCUGACCGUCAUCGUGGGCUUGUUCCUCCAUGCUGGUGGUGUCCUGCCCCUCAUCUACUUCCUCAUCACCCACCGGAACCCCUUCCCCUUCAUUGGGGGCGUGCUGCAGGCCCUCAUCACUGCCAUGGGCACGUCUUCCAGCUCUGCAACGUUGCCCAUCACCUUCCGCUGCCUGGAGGAGGGCCUAGGUGUGGACCGACGCAUCACCAGGUUUGUGCUGCCUGUGGGGGCCACCGUCAACAUGGACGGGACCGCCCUGUACGAGGCCCUGGCCGCCAUCUUCAUCGCCCAAGUCAACAACUAUGAGCUCAACCUGGGCCAGAUCACAACUAUCAGUAUCACGGCGACAGCAGCCAGCGUUGGGGCUGCUGGCAUCCCCCAGGCGGGUCUGGUCACCAUGGUCAUUGUGCUCACAUCGGUGGGCCUGCCCACUGAAGACAUCACGCUGAUCAUAGCGGUGGACUGGUUCCUUGACCGGCUUCGCACAAUGACCAAUGUUCUGGGGGACUCUAUUGGAGCAGCCGUCAUUGAGCAUUUGUCUCAGCGGGAGCUGGAGCUGCAAGAAGCCGAGCUCACCCUCCCCAGCCUGGGGAAGCCCUACAAGUCGCUCAUGGCACAAGAGAAGGGGGCGUCCAGGGGCCGGGGAGGCAACGAGAGUGCCAUGUGAGGGGACCCCAGCCCUGCUGCCCAUAGAGGAGGGAACGGGGCUGGGGAGGGGGGGUCCUAGGGAAGACCCACUGCCCCAAUGACUGUGCGCUGAACACACGUGUUCUGUCCAGCUUGUUUGGUGGAAACUAAGAUAAAGGAGCAGGAACCAAAGGGUGUCCAAGGCCUCCAUUUCUCUCUGGGCGCAUGCAGAGAACUCGUGGAGGGCAGUGAGCUUCGGGUCCGACAAGCGGAGGGGUCAGCUCAUGCCCUUUAUUUUCUCAAGGAGUGGUGGAAUUGAAGGAAGUAAGGGAUAACCGCCAUUUAUCAUAAUAAAACAAUGUGUGUGACCUCCGUGUCGGGGGUCCCCGAGACCUGAAGGUUCAAUGAUUUGCUAGAAAGACUCGUGGAACUCAGAGAAGCUCCGAUGCUCACGUUUAUAGUUGACUGCUGUGAAAGAUGACAGAUUAAAAAUCUG